UAACGCGUAGUGUUAAAAUCGUCUCUGAAAAAAAGUGAUGAGUUUGAAAAAAUAAAGUUUUGAUAAAUAAUUGAGUUACGUGACUCGCGAGUCGUCUUAAUUUCAUUAAAUAAGCAACGGUAUUUUGUUGAUGGAAGUAAAAAUCACAUUCCCUUAUAAACUUUGGUGCUAAAUUCUUCAUAUUUCAUUAUUCAAAUUACAAAGUAAUAAGAAGAACAGCAAACAGAAAGAAAAUAAGUUGGACUUCUCGUCGGUAACUGUAAAACGAAAUCGCAAGACAGCAAAAUAAGAAAAGAAAAUAAAAUAAAAUAAGAAGAGAAGCUUUUGUGGGUCAAGAAUAGCGAUGAUAAUUUGAGAAAAAAGUCUCAAGUCAAUAAGCAUAAAAAAAUUCAUUCAAUAAGAAAGCAAGUGAAGCAAAAGAUAUUUUCAUCAAAUAAUGAGUAGUGCAAUAGCGGGAGGAGUAGCAAGUGCAAUUGGCACGGCAGCAAGCAACGCCGGAUGGUUCGUACCGAUGCUUGUUGCUGCCAUCGCUUAUUUUCAAUAUGAAGAGUUUGUUGAUCCCGAAUCGAAGCCAAUAAAUGUAGCAACAGAAAAUCUAUUGACCGAGUAUGACUUUAUAGUUGUUGGGAGUGGUUCGGCGGGAGCUGUUGUUGCAGCACGUUUAUCAGAAGUUGAGAAUUGGAAUGUACUCUUAUUGGAAGCUGGUGGUGAUGAAACGGAAAUAUCAGAUGUACCGUUGAUGGCUGGUUAUCUUCAACUUAGUAAAAUGGAUUGGCAAUAUAAGUCUGAACCGUCUGGAAAUUUCUGCUUGGCGAUGAAUGGUGGAAGAUGUAAUUGGCCGAGAGGAAAAGUUUUGGGUGGCAGUAGUGUGUUAAAUUAUAUGCUUUAUUUAAGAGGUAAUAAAAAAGACUAUGAUGCAUGGGAGGAAGCCGGUAAUCCAGGAUGGUCAUAUAAAGAUGUGCUUUAUUAUUUCAAAAAAUCGGAAGACAAUCAAAAUCCAUAUCUUGCAAGCACUCCUUAUCAUGGAACGGGUGGGCCGUUAACAAUUGGCGAAGCACCAUACCAUACUCCAUUGGCAGCAUCAUUCGUUGAGGCAGGCGUUGAAAUGGGAUAUGAGAAUCGUGACUUAAAUGGUGAGAAGCAAACUGGCUUUAUGAUUGCACAGGGUACGAUUCGAAGAGGAAGUCGAUGCUCAACAGCAAAAUCAUUCUUGCGACCCGCACGACUUCGACCGAAUCUUCACAUUGCAAUGUUUUCUCACGUAACGAAAGUCCUCAUUGAUCCAAUUACUAAAAUUGCUUAUGGGGUAGAAUUUGUACGUGAAAGAAAACGUCAAUAUGUUAGGGCAAAAAAGGAGGUUGUUUUAUCAGGCGGCACUAUCAAUUCUGCACAAUUGUUGAUGCUUAGCGGUAUUGGACCAAAAGCUGAAUUGGCAAAACAUCGAAUUCCAUUGAUCCGUGAUGCUCCAGUUGGUGAAAAUAUGCAAGAUCAUGUUGCACUUGCUGGAUUAACAUUUAUGGUAAAUCAAGAGGUGUCUGUUGUAGAAAAUCGAUUUCACACUAUGGCAACAGUCAUGGAAUAUGCUGUAUUAGGACAAGGACCAUUGACAGUUAUGGGAGGAGUUGAAGGACUAGCAUUCGUUAAUACAAAAUACGUUAAUGCUUCAGACGAUUUUCCAGACAUUGAAUUUCAUUUUGUGUCAGGUUCAACGAAUUCUGAUGGUGGAAGUCAACUGAGAAAAAUUCACGGGCUUACUGAAGCAUUCUACAAUAAAGUAUUUGCUCCAAUUAAUAAUAUGGAUGUAUGGAGUAUUAUUCCUAUGUUAUUGAGACCGAGGAGUAAAGGAUCUAUAAAAUUGAGGAGCAAUAAUCCAUUCGACUAUCCAUACAUUUAUCCAAAUUACUUCAAAGAUGAUUUUGACAUGAAAACAUUAAUCGAAGGUGUAAAAAUUGCUGUAGCACUAUCAAGAACAGCGUCAAUGCAACGCUUCAAGUCAAUGUUAAGUCCAUUGAAAUUCCCAGGAUGUGCAAACCUCCAAGCAUAUUCAGAUCCAUACUGGGAAUGUAUGAUAAGACAUUACACAGCAACAAUUUAUCAUCCAGUUGGAACAGCAAAGAUGGGUCCAUAUUGGGAUCCAACAGCUGUUGUCGAUUCACAAUUGAGAGUUUAUGGUGUGAGAGGAUUAAGAGUAAUUGACGGCAGUAUAAUGCCUAAUCAAGUCAGUGCAAACACAAAUGCUCCAAUUAUUAUGAUAGGGGAGAAAGGUGCAGACAUGAUGAAAAACUUUUGGAUUAAGAACAACUUUAAGUGAUAAGAGCCAUAAUUUAUAUUUUUUUUAUCAUUUAACUUAUUUAUGACUACAUGAUUUUGUACAAUUCUCACAGAUAUUACUCAUAUGUAGUUUAUAGAAUUAAAAAAAUUUUUUGUCUGAGCCUUACCAAAUUUUUUAGCUAUUUAAUACCGCUAGGUCUAUCAAUUAUCAUAAAAAUCAUAUGCUGACUAUUGAUUAAUAAUUAUUUUAGCAUUAGAUAAGCUGUCUGAUCAGCAAACAAUUUAAACGUAUCAAAUCAUAUCGGGUAUGCAGAUAAUAAUUAGCCAUGACUUUAAAUUUUUCAAAUUUAUAACCUUCGACUCGUCUACUUCCCAAAGAACUUAUUUUAAUUAUUUUUCUGUUAUCAAUUAAAUUUACUCAUUUUGCACUUUAAUUUACAAUCUAUUUUUAACAUAGUAUGAAUUUAUUUUUAAAAAUAAAGCAAU